AGCCGAACGUCAUCACCGUACAACCGGUCACCGUCACGCCCCCAGCCUCAUGAAUCACCACCACCUUAUUCGCAAACGCGACACCGUCAUCAUCAUCAUAUGGCAACAGAUAGUCUGUAGGUAUUCAAAUGAACUUGAUCCUCGAGCGCAUACAGGCUGCCGUCGUCUGUCUCGUCAACUCGUCUGUGAGCCGCCGCGCAAGGCAAACGAAAGCGAAAGCUGAGUUUAGCGCGCUUGCGGUCGCGAAAGAGCGAGCGCGGCUGGUGAAAGUACCUACCUCACAAUUUCUCACGUGGUGGCGUCGGCGACGCCUCAGUUUAGUACUAUUCGUAGAGCUGUGCGCACUAAAAGCAAUUCGGUUAAAGCUAUGGAACGCAAGAUUGUCCCGUGGUUGUGGUUAAUUCUUUUGGGCAGUGCUGGUCUUUGUUCUUGCCUGGGAUUAGGUUUGAAGCAAUCUACAGCAAAAGUAGUUGGUGGACAGAAUGCAAGCUCUGGAGAAUUUCCUUUUCUGGUGUCAAUUCAGUGGAACUUUGGAAACGGAUCUCGAGCUGUACACUUCUGUGGUGGUACGAUAGUGAAUCGGUAUUGGAUUUUGACAGCGGCGCAUUGUAGGGAAACUGUGUUUGAAGAUGGGUGGUUAGAAGUGGUAGCCGGAGAGUUUGAUUUGCAACAUGACGAAGGCUAUGAGCAACGACGCAACAUGAGCGAGUUUUUAGUACACGAAGACCGACAGCUUGGUUUUGUUGGGCCUUAUGAUAUUGCACUGAUCAAGCUAGAACAACCAUUCAAAUUGAACGACUAUGUGACUACUGUUAAACUGGACGAACGAAACACUCCGAUAUAUGGAACAGCAGUUUUGCCAGGAUGGGGAUCAACUUCGCCGUUCAUAGAACCAAUUUAUCCGGAUAAGUUACAAAAAGCCUACUUACCGGUGUUUCCGUACGAUGCUUGCCUGCAGUAUUUCCCGUUGUUCAGCCCUCUAGAGAAGACGAAUUUCUGCGCAGGAGAGUUGAAUGGCUCAGUGAAUGCAUGUCACCGAGAUUCUGGUGGGCCUUUACUUCAAAUGAUCGACGACACAGUGACCCAGAUUGGAAUAGUAUCCUGGGGAGCCCUGCCGUGCACUGCCUACCGCAGUCCAACCGUUGUUACGUGGAUCAGUUGCUUCAAGGAAUGGGUUCGGAUAACAAUCGAAAAACACACCGCCGGUUCAGAUGCAUAAUUUUAUUUGCUAAAUAAAUUAAA